UUUCGCGGUGGGGGUCAGGAGCUGAGUGCGGGUCGGAGCGAGGCGCCACGGAACUCAGCCCUCCCCGCAGGAGCCGCCGCCUUCGUGGAUGUUGGGUAUUGAUUGCCCAAAGCCCUGCAAGGGGAGAUGGCCAACGCCACCCUUCGACCCGCGCUUCCCCAAGCAGAACCAGACCCGUAACUGCUACCAGAACUUCCUGGACUACUAUCCCUGCGUCAAGAGGACGAACCGCCGCGGGAAAAGCACACAGCCCUGCGAUGAUUACUUCCGCGUGUUCCGCGCGCUGUGCCCCCUGAGCUGGGUGCAGCGCUGGACCGAGAUCAAGGACGGGACUUUCGCUGGCAAAAUCUAACGGCCGGAGGGCUGCUUCUCCGAGGGAUCAGUAUCAGUGUCAUCACCCCUGAUUCUCUCGUCUUCCGGAGAAUGGGCCCCACCACCCCAAACCCCGCGCCAUCUUUAAGCCGCAAAUAAAGCUAUG